CUUAACCUGAAAUAUCACGUGCAUUAGUUAGCACCUUGUUGGAAGUUUUUACUCUUUAGACUUCACUGUACUCUUCUUUAGUUGCGCGACUGCUGCCGAACGAUGUGUGUUUUAUUCGUGUUUUAGAAACCUAAUCCGCUGGCUGGGCGCGGGAAGGGUAAAGGGAAAUGGUCGUUCUGAAUCGUGCCAAGACCGGAGUGGCCGAGUGGCCCGGACUGGACUCUGGUCACUGGUCUGACCCCCAUAGCUGCCCCCGAUUUAACUGGUAGUCGCCACACCACGAGCGCACGUACUUAUGAAUAAACCAACGAGGUGACUGGAGGAGGCGAGUGCGAGUCUCGUCUUGCCCACCGUCCCCAGAAGACGAAGGCGGCGUCAGGAAACAGAUACCUCCCCUCCCCUUUUCCUCUUGACCGCAAACCCGCAAAGUUACUCUGCCGCCGUGACCCUGAUCUGCUUUUUUUCUCGACCCACAAUCAAGAUCAGAGACGCGAGGAGGAGAGGAGAGGUCCACUGAGCCACAGGCGAGGCGCGGCGAGGCGAGGCCCUAACCAAGCCAGCAUGCAGGAGCUGGUGAGAGCGGUGGGAGUGCACGGCCCUCGCUCCUGCCGCCAGAGUCAGCCUCUGGCCCAGUCUCUGCCCCGGCAGAGUCUCGGCGGUCUUCUCCAUGCGGGGGAACGCUGGCACAGUCCGCCCCCCUGGCUAGGAAGCGCCAAAGUCGCCUGCAGAGAAAUGUCCCACAGCAACAGUUCAUCUGGGCGCAGCUAUGAGGAUGCCGUUGCAGCUCUUAAUUCACUUCAAAGCAAUGCCGCCUACAUCAAUAAAUUGGUCAAGGAUGGAGUGCGAUCUACAAAUGAUGAUAACCGGUUGUUAAGUUGUGCAGAAAUGAUUGGUUUGGGUCCAAAUGAACUUUCAAAUCUCUCUGUCAUUCAUGUGGCUGGCACCAAAGGCAAGGGAUCAACAAGUGCUUACUGUGAGUCCAUUUUGCGGCACAAUGGUUUUCGUACUGGAUUUUUUUCUUCACCACAUUUAGUAUCAUUAAGGGAGCGUAUUCGAUUAGAUGGACGCCCCAUAUCGACCCUUAAAUUUACAAGCUACUUUUGGAAAACAUACGAUUUGUUGUUGGGCCAAAAGAUCCCUCCUUCAAGUAUGCCUCCUUACUUUGCAUUUUUAACCCUGAUGGCCUUCAGGUUGUUUCUCGAAGAGAAAGUGGAUGUUGCUAUUGUAGAGGUAGGAAUCGGAGGAGAGCGAGACUGUACUAACAUUUUGCAAAAUGUAUCUGUAGUUGGUAUUACCUCCCUUGGCAUAGAUCACACUGCUUUGCUUGGUAACUCAUUGCCUAGCAUAGCUUGGCAAAAGGCAGGAAUUCUAAAACCUACUGCUGUAGCAUACACUGUACCAGGUCAUGCUCCUGAGGCUCUUGAAGUCAUAAGACAAAGAUCUAUUGAACGUAUGUGCCCUGUUGAAGUUGUGCCAUCUCUGGAUCAGUAUUUAUGGCCUACCCUGCAAUCACGGGAAGCUGCUCUAUCUCUGUUCUGGACGCAACAAAUCAAUGCUUCCUUGGCUUUGCAGCUAACAAAUGCGUGGUUUCAAAGACGUUUAUUGUCAAAUUCUGUCAAUACAGUUUUGCCUCCAAAUGCCACUCUGAAGGAAGCCCCAUCUUUUUCAAUCUCUGAAGAAACCGCCACUGGACUGCUAGCUUGUCGCUGGCCGGGUAGAAACCACAUUCUGGAAUCAGAUUGUGGCCGUAUUAGGUACUUUUUGGAUGGAGCCCAUACCGUUGAAAGUAUGAGUGCAUGUGUGGAGUGGUACAAAAGAUCACUGCCCAUGAGGCCUGGCCUUCGACAUGCCCUUCUUUUAAACAUGACAGGAGAUAGAGAUUGUCUACAAAUAAUGAAGCCUUUGUUUUCUUGUGCAUUUGACAAAGUCUUCUUUAGCCCAAAUAUUUUCCACUCUCCCAUUUCAAAAGGUGACUCAGUGAAUCUCAGAGUGACUACAUCAAGUCAACUGAAGCAGACUAGAGCCUUAUAUGAUCUUUGGGUGGCCAAGUAUCAGAAUGUCGAAACUAAUGGAAAUGAUAGUAACAUGUGCUCUGCAUCUCCUAAAGUAUAUCUGAAGAACUCAGUCAAUGAUGCUCUUGCAGAAUUACAAGAUGAAAAUAUGGAAUGGUGUGUUCUUGUGACUGGUUCCCUACAUUUGGUAGGAGCUGUUUUAAGUGUCAUUGACCCAGAAUUAAUCAAGUCUGAGAAAUCAUAGAAUUAGGAACAUAUGGUGUAACAGAUAAAACUUAUUUCUCUCUUAACAAUUCAAUCAGGGACAGCAUUAGAAUUAAUAUUUUUAAACUUCAUUUUAGAUAUUUUUGAAAUAGACUGAGAUUUAUAUUUUUA